AUGACUUUGAGACCACCCACUCUCUUCUUCCUCCCCUUCCUUCUCUUCCCCUUGGCAGCUUCCCACAACAUCACCAGGAUCCUCGCCCAGUUCGACGACUUCUCCACCUUCAACAGCCUCCUCACUCAAACCCAGCUGGUCUCUGACAUCAACAGCCGCCGCACCAUCACCGUCCUCGCCGUCGACAACGGUGCGGCCUCGUCCGUCUCCAGCCGCCCCACCGACGAACUCAAGAAGAUCCUUUCGGUGCACGUCGUACUUGACUACUACGACGACGCGAAGCUCCACAAACUCCCCAACCACACCGCCAUUCUGACCACGCUCUUCCAGGCCACCGGCCUCGCCUCCGGCCGGAACGGGUUCCUCAACGUGACCAACAUGGGCAACGGGCAGAUCGCCUUCGGCUCCGCCGUGCCGGGCUCGUCCCUGGUCGCUAACUUCGUCAAGGUCGUGGCGACGCGGCCCUACAACAUCUCGGUCAUCCAGAUCAGCAGCGUCAUCGUCCCGCCCAACAUCAGCGGUGGGGCCAGCAACCACAGCACAUCGCCGACGGCAGCGCCAGUCGCGGCACCUGCGCCGGCGAAUGCAACACGGACACCGACGCUGGCCCCUUCCGAAGACGCCCCAUCACCAACUCCCGACGCAGCGUCUCCGAGUGACGUGUCGAACGGGCCCUCACCGGCGGACGCACCGGCAGACGCACCGGCUUCAGACACUCCUGUGGCGUCACCGCCGGGCCCAAUGAGCCCGGACGGAUCACCGGCCGGAGCUCCGUCGAACAACGCCGACGCUCCGGCAGGUGAUUCUUCAGCCGCCGAGCGUGUGGUUGCUGGUGCCGGAGUUGCUAUUACCAUGGCUUUCGCCAUGUUAGGUUCUCUCCAAAUGAGUUAG